UCCAAAUAUGAAAUUACUGAAGCUAUUCAUACAAACAAAAAAUACUGGGAUCGUAUAUUUAAAAAUAUGCAUACGUCCAAUGAAACAGUCGUUAAUGAAAGCUUGAAACUAUCGAAAGCAUUGCCAAAGGAAUUGUAUGAAAGAGUAUGUACUACAUUAGAUAUCCCUACCGUAAAUCAAAUGAUGGAGGAAAACGAAAAAAUCAAAGGUAUAUUACCGCGUCGUUCAAUUAAAGAACCGAUGCUGUCAAACAGAAAAUGUUUGUUGAUAGAUCGUGGAAUGGAUUCUGAUACUGAUGUUGAAUAUUGUCCCAGCGAUGAUGAAGAAACCGAAAUCAAUAUUCACCAAGAGUUAUUAAAAAAGCCAAUCCGCGAACAAAUUACUUGGAACACGCACUAUCUACAGCCAGAAAGAGAAGAUGAGAAAACCUUAAUCAAAAAGGCUGAUGACCUUACUGAACGGAUAGCCAACGAAUUUUGUGAGUACAUGAAACAGCUUGGCGGUGAACAACAAUCCAAUCUAUUUUCUCCUAAAGCGAUCAAAGAACUAUUUCAGAUUGAGUUCGAUACACAUGUCGCUCGAAGCCUUAGAGUUAUUUCAAAAGAAUUACCUACAAUCGAUGAAAAGAUUGCCGCCGCGGUGGGAAAACCAGAGAAAUCUUGCUAUGCUGCAUUAGAACGAGAGAUAUCAAGAGACAUAAAGGCAGAAAAUUGCUCUAAUAAAACAAAUGCUUUUGGACAAAGCCUCCCUAGACACGACCAGUAUCGAGCUCCGAAUAAUAAUACUAAAAACCAGUGGAGAUCAGCACGAUAUGUACCCAAAGAUUUGGUCACACUGAAAGCUGUGUGGGAAGGCAUUACUAAUUUACGGAGCGUCAGAGAGUAUUGUAGAUGGAUGAUUGAUCACCCAGAGCAUAGACGUCCUCCAUAUUUAAAUAGCCUCGGAAUGUUCGAUCCAGCCGUGCUUGAAGCAAAAAUGUCUUUCCAAAAUCAGUAUCAUGAAGCCCCAACCCAAAAACCGCUUUCAAUUGAACCAGAAUCCGUGGAACACAUUCGAAGGAGACUCUCAGAAUUAGCUGAAACUAAUUUGGGUCAAGCUGAAGCCAAAUAA